AUGGUACCUAUUGUAUUGAACUCACAGUCUGUGAGCGGAAUUACAGGCUCCAUUUCUAUUGCAUGUUGGAUCAUCGUUUUUGUUCCGCAAAUCUACGAAAAUUUCUACCGCAGCUCAGCAGAAGGGCUCUCGGUGCUGUUCGUAGUUCUCUGGCUACUGGGCGACGUUUUUAACGUCCUUGGUGCUGUGAUGCAGAACUUACUGCCAACGAUGAUUAUUUUGGCAGCAUACUACACUCUGGCAGAUAUUGUGCUUUUGGCACAGUGUCUGUUCUACGGAAGUGAAAACAAAGUGGACGCAGUGCAUCUGUCGCCAGCCAACCCAAUCAACGAGAGAGUCCUCGAGGACGUCUUUCAUGAACACCAGCCACUUUUGCAGGACAAUAAAAGGCACCAUCACCAUCACCAUGCUGCCACAGCCCAGUCUAGUUCCACAGGUGCUUCUUCAAGGUCAGCAACUGGCCAGUCCGAUGUUGCCGAUGCUAGCGCCGCGGAAAAUCGUAAUAAGACAUACAUCACGAAUGCCGUGCUGAUAAUCGCGGUGUUUCUAGCGGGGUUUUUAUCCUGGUACAUCUCGUAUUUGAAAGACCCAAAUGCCAUACCUUCAGAGCCAGAUUUGCACAUGAACUGGCUCGCCCAGUUCUUUGGCUAUCUAAGUGCCGUUCUAUAUCUGGCUUCGCGUGUCCCUCAGAUUCUGCUCAACUUCAAACGCAAAUCCUGCGAGGGCAUUUCUUUCCUGUUUUUCCUUUUCGCAUGCAUUGGCAAUAUUACUUUUAUCAUAUCUGUUUUGAGCAUCUCUGUCGAACCGCGUUAUUUGUUGGUUAAUGCGUCGUGGCUGGUUGGCAGCAGUGGCACACUGCUCAUGGAUUUCGUCAUCUUUUUGCAGUUUUUCUUUUUCAAGAAAAAUGGUGCCAUCCCUACAGGAGUUGUCGUGUAG